CCCGCCUCCUACCCAAUGACAGCCGGGAUAGGCUCCUGCACUCCCACGACCCUUAUGAGGAUUAGCGGUUAAGAAAAUGAAUGGAUGGAUAAUGUACUGUAUCUUUUUAACUAAAUAAUGGAAAACGAGAGGUAGAAUAGGUUGCUCUUCCACUAGAUGGCAGAAGCCAAAAGAAACCUUUGUAUUCAGUUUUGUUCCCUCUCGUUCAAAGUCAGCUGGGUAAAACCUAGGAUCACUCAUGACCAUCACACCGAGGGGCAAUUUAGAGGGUCUAAUUAACAUGGAUGAUAUUGGGAGCACUGGUUUGGAAAACCAGGGGUUGUGGGUUCAUAUCCCACUGGGGCCUCCACUCCCUGAGAAGGGUUGCGUCAGGAAGGGCAUCUGGGGUAAAAAUUGUACCAAACAUAUGUGCGUUUAUCUUGAGAUGACACGCUGUGGCGACCCCGAAAGGAACACACAUAUUGGGAUGUGUGAGAAAACCCAUGCUCGCACAGGGAGAACAUGUAAACUCCACACAGGCGGGGGAUAGGGAUCGAACCCGGGACCGCAGAACUUUGAGGCCAAUGUUUUCCAGCUGAGCUACAGUGGUCUCUCUAUUUUCAACGUCCAUGGAAAAAGAUAGACAUUUUUAUUCAAGUCAUUGGUGUGCCUUCACCUUCUACUGGUGCAAUACAUGAAUUUCCACUCUGGCAAACAAUAAUGGAUUAUUUUGUCAUUUUUUUCCAAAUUAUUUUCUUUUGCAAAAUUGUAUUUGAAUUCCUGUUCUAUUUUAUUGUAUCCGUUUCGCAUUCCUCUGAAUCAUGACAUUCAUUCAAGUAUGUAAACAGUCCAAGUCAACAUGAUCAAUCAAUAACAAUAAAUGAUCAAUGAUAAUUUCAACUUUCAGACAUGCAAAUGAUCGUCAGGGCGCUGUUGCUUGGCUGUGGGUGCAUCGCUCUUUUGCGCCCCCCUGUGGACUUGCCGAAUAGUGAGCCACUUUGGAAAUCCACGCGUGUUCACCGUGCGCUCAUUCCUCCUCGACACUGUCACCGUCAUCCAUCCGACUCUGACAGUGUCCUCCGCACUUUUACUCGGUUUCACUCUUAAUCAAACCCACCAUGGGAGGAAAAUUGCCGCUUUACAGCAAGGGAACCUUGGAAAAAUCACGUGAAUGUGGGUCCAGCCUUUGUUCGGAUAUCUUUUUAAAUAUUAACAAGUUGUCAUGUCAUCUCUGACAGAAGGCAGAGAAAGACUUACUGCCUCUGCCAGGGGAACGCGUUCGGACCCGACACGGCAUCACUGCGAGUCCUCCCGACUUUGCGCAAGUAUUCAAGGAAACGUUUGCGACUCCCGUCCCACGCCCGAGGGUGCUGGGGGAUACAGAAACAUGUACUACCCCAGAGCAGAGGCUGUCCCGUCCUACAGGACUCUCCCUGGUUCGUUGGGAGAGCGCAUCAUGUCCUUGAGCGGCACUUUGCACAGAAAUCCUGGUCUCAGGAGGUCUGAGGGGAAAGAUACGCGCUGCGAAAGAUGCUCAGCCACCCUAGUUGCUCUCAAGAAACAAGCUCUCAGCCUGUCUGUACACCAUCACUUCUCCUCUAAGGAAACAAGUGACCUGUGUGCAUUUCUUCAAGACAACCUAUGCGUCCACAGCCGGUCCACCAUCGAGUCCCGAGAAAGAAGCAGGGAGCUGGGCGAGUGUGCUACCUGUGGCACAAAGUUGCACCAGCUCAAACACGAGGCAGUGCACUUGGCUCUGAGCAGGGGUCAUCAACCCUCCAGUGCCAGGAAUGCUUCACUGUUGGGGCAAAGUAACACAAAACUCGGGGACAGAUCUGCAUCACAACCACAUAGCCUGAAUCACUGCCCCCAGAGCCCCAUGGUGCCCCGAAGCCCAAGAACUCCACAGAGAACCCCACAGACACUCAGACGAAGAGUGGUCAAGCCUCCCAACCAGGAUAUGGACCGCUGGGUUGAGGAGCAGCAUCGCGUGCCUCCUGAUGGUGUCAAUGUUUAUCCCCACAAUCAGCCUUCAGACAACACUGGGUUAAGAUGUACCGAUAUUGUACACACCAGCUCCAAGAUUCAUCACCUCUCCAGGGUGAUGAACAUCGCAAACACUGCUGCCAUGUCAUUUUUGGCCAGAGCAGCAGAGAAGCUCAACCUGACGAGGAGAAAAGGCCAGGCAUCCGACGCUGCUCCUGCUCAUCUCUCCAACAGCUUCAGGGACCUCAUCCAGAAAAACCCUCCACCUGUCCCCUCCUGCCUGCUACAAGCUGCUAUCAGAACCAAAGACUCGCCCAGUAUUGCCAAGGUCAAAGUUGUGUUGCGAGUGAAUCCAGCAAUGAACGAGGGCCAACCUCCAGUUCUCCACAUCGACCCUUCCAAGAAAAGAGCGAUUUUAUUAGAACCUGUGCGCCAGAGUCCAUCGCGUGCCAAGAAGACCUCUGGCAGAAAGGGGAAGGAUCUUCUGAAGGCUUUUCAUUAUGAUGCUGUCUAUCCUCAAGACUCCAGUCAGACUGAGGUGUGUGCAGGCGUCUUGGCUGACGUCAUCCGCUGCGUGCUGAGCGGCAGUGAUGGGUGUGUUUUGGGUUUGGGGUCUGCUGAUGUUGGCUCCUGGUCCAGCAUGGUAGGGAAUGCUGAGAGCAUCCAGAAGCUCGGACUGAUUCCGUGUGCCAUCUCCUGGCUAUACAGCGCCAUCGAGAAGCGCCGGGAGAAGACUUGGACGGAUCUGACUGUAUCCGUGUCAGCUGUGGAACUCUGCUGCGGAGAGGAGGACACACUGAGAGAUCUGCUUGGGGAGGUUGUCCCUUCUGUAGGCGGCAUAAGGGACAGCCCUAGAGCUCACAUUCGGCUCCAAGAUGACCCCAUCCAUGGGAUUCAGCUCCGGAACCACAAUCGGGUCAAGGCCCCAACUGCUGAGCGGGCUGCUUCCCUCUUGGAUGUCGCCAUUGCAGCACGGCGGCACAAAGAUUUCACCACGUUCUUGUCCCACAGCUCGAUAAUGUUUUUUACUUUGCACGUCCAACCCCCUCGCACACAAGAAAACAGCACCAUUGGAAAAGCUUCACGUGGCCCGACCAAGCUGACCAUGAUUGAUGUCUGUAGCGGUAUGAGGGGCGGUGUUGCAUAUACCAGAUACAAACCUCCGCAUUCGGACCUAGGCCCUGUUGUUUUAUCACUACUAAGUGGACACAAAACGAUCCCCAAAAAGGGAAGUAAGCUAACCAUGCUUCUUCGGGAGUCUCUGAGUCAUGCUAACUGCCACACAACAGUUAUUACUCAAGUUGCUAAUUCACUGGCACAGCUACAGGAAACCACCUCCAUUAUCCAGCUAGGUUCUCGCAUCCGCAGGACACAGAAGAGGACUAAGCAAUCCAGCUCAUGCUCACCUCAUGGUAGUAGUUUGACGAGACAAAAGAGAGACGCUCCAUCUUUAUCCCUGCGAGCGUUUCACUCCACAGAUGAAGUUGAUGUUGACUCACAACAUUUUCGUCUCCGCGAGGAGCUCGAUGAACACUCCAGUAGUGACCAGUCAUGCGAUACAGUUAUCCAAAUAGAUUCUGAUGGGUUAAUCCAGGGUAGAGCUCCUCCAAGGUUGGCAAAACCUGAAUUUGUGCCCAUUAUACCCUCCUUACACCCAAAUAAGACUGACGUGGAAGACCCGGAGUUUACUGCUUUGCUCCAACAGCUGCUGAAAAUCCCCAAACUCCAUGGAGAGAAGAAAGAUGAUGCCCAAGGACAGAAUGAAAUGAUGAAAGUUGAAAUGAAAAAACCCGAGAGGGACUGUCUCAAAUGUGACACAUUUGCCGAACUUCAGGAGCGCUUGGGCUGCAUCGACGGAGAGGAAACAAUGCAUUUGCUGAAGUCCUCCUUAAAGAGUACUCCUAUUAAGGAAAUCACUCAAAAGCCACAAUCUCAGAAGGAGCCUGGGAAACAGGCUACUACACAAUCAUCAGAGGUACCACAGAUGUUGAAGCAGGGGCUUUGUUGCAAUCAGGCAUUGGGUCGGGAAAAACAAACAGAUGGUACAUUUCAUGAGGAUAAUUUUCAGAGAGAAGACUCUGGUCUUUAUGACUGCGAGGAGUGCAGUGCAACCAGUUCCAGUGAGGAGCCAUUGAAUCAAACUCUCCAUCACAACACUACUUGUCGUUAUCAACUCCCAAAAAACGGAGCCAUUCACUCUGCUGAAACACUGUCUUCUGAAUUUAUACAUAGCGAAACUCAGGGCAUGUCUACUAACAGUCCCCUUCAGUCUGCACUAAGAGAGGAGAAUCAUCAAACAGCUGAUUGGUUCAAAGCAGACAAAAGGACUUCACCAGUUGGAAAAAGUUUACCUGCAUCUCCCCCUUCUCCUUCUUGCGCUUCUUCAAAACCUUUAUCCAGCAGUGUUCUACUAGGAGACAUCGCAGCUAAUGACCCCAAAAAGGAUGCUAAGGAAAUGAAGGCAACUAUCACUGUAACUGUUCAACAGCCGCUAGAUUUGAAAGGUCAAGAUGAACUUGUCUUCUCCAUGGUGGAGGAGGUGACCAUUAGUGGCACGUUGGACAGUGGGAGGGCAGGAGGGAACAUCAUUUGUAUCAAAGAUGCUGCCCAGUCAACUUCACACAUGCAAAGCCCUGCAGGAACCCAACCAAUUCAAAUCAUAAGCAAUAUAACUGAAGAUUCUGCAACAAGCGAGAGAAAUGUUUCUCAUCCAGGACGAGUGGCAACUGACACUGAAAAGUUACAGUAUCAUUCAAGAAAAGAGAGAAUCCUACCUUCAUUUAUAAAUCCAAUGCUUAUAAAUGCAGAAGAGUGGGAUUCAGAUGAUGUGAAAGAAAAAGAAAGAACUGGUAUGACAAUAAAAUGUCCAGAAUCUGAUUCUGAGACUCAUGUAAUCAAAUUAGACAAGAUAUGUAACCCAAACUGCAGUCAGAUUUCAUGUGACCCAGUAGUCUUGGGAAAUGUAUCUAUUCAUAACGACACUGCAGAAAACAAAAUCUGUGGCGCGAGGAUCAGAAAUACAGAGAGGAGUCACCAUGGUGACUCGGAGGAUGUUUACUCCAUGAAUCACCCAAAGGCUUCACUGGGGUAUGAAUCAGCUCACAGAUGUAUUGGGAAUAGUAGGGUAAUUGGUGUUUCUUUAGGUUGCCUGGGAACUUCCUGCGCAUCCUUUAAUACAGGUAGCUUGCCUCGAACCUGGCUAAAUGCCAAUUGCCAGGAAACUCACAAUCACUUGACAGAUGGUUGUAGAGACCCAAGGGGGUUGACAUCAUCCACCCCUUGCAGCCCAGGGGUAACCCUAGAGAGGAGGCGAGGCAAGCAGUCUUCUCCAGUGAACCACAGCCUCCAUAAUUCCUCUUCACUGAAAUAUGAAACAGACUACAAGGAAGAGGCUAGGAGACCUCUUAGAAGGGGUGUUGGAUCAUUGUUCGAGACCUCUAAAGUAGGCAUGAAACAUGACCAUAUGUCUGGGAGGAUGAUGUAUCCCUUGGAGGAGUGUGGCAGACUUUUCCAUGCCAAAAUAGAUCAGUUUACCAGCACGUCUCUUGGAAGGAACACAUGUGACUUACUAAUUUUUGACAGAGAAAGUAAUAAAACCUCUCCAAGCUCCAAGGGAAACUCCAAGAGAAGUUGUGAUGGGUCUGGCAAAGGGGCUCACAAAGUAAAGAGUGUUGGGGAUUGUACAAUACCAAGAGCAAGCAAAAGUUCCAGAAAGACUCGCCAGACUAACCACAGUCAUAAUUCCAAUCCUUCUGAAACCUUAACUCAACCCAGGCUGACACAUUCAAAGCUGUCUGCUGUUGGGAAACUCAAGAUGGCUUGUCCCAAAGUGCGUCGCCUGUCUGCCUCCAGUAUCAAGAACUUGAGUCUCUCCCGUCAAGGUCUGCAGCAGUCCAUCAACCGGAGUGCCAGUCUUUCACCAGACAGCAAAACUGUUAGCUUUGAGAGGACUUCGUCAUUUCUCUCUUCUUCCCCUCCACCCUCCUUUCACUCCAUAAGUCGGACUCCGAGCCAAAGCUCCACAUGCUCAUCCACAAAAUCUGCCAUCCAGGGAUUCACUAAUGGUCGCAUUCCAGAGUUUCCAAAGGAAAGGCCCACCAGCCCCACUUUGUCAGGACUGGACCCAACAGGCUUGUUUCCUUCUCCGUACAACCAACUUACCUCUCCCCGCACACCUUCUCAUAUGAGUGGACAUGCAAGUGACACCACAAGUGUGCUAAGUGGUGAUUUGCCACCAGCUAUGGGUAAAACGUCACUGUAUUUCUCGAACAGGAACAGUACACUGAGCAGUGGCUACAAUAGCUUAGUGAGGGACAGUGAAGCCACAGCCAGCAGCACCUCUAACAGAGAUUCUGUAAGCGACAGGAGCGGCUUCCUCCUCAAAGAGUUUCACAGUAGCAGAUCAUCUCGACGGAGAGGCAAUCCAGGUACUCACCCUCGUCACCUUUCUGAUGACAAACCCUUCUCCACUAGACAAUCAUCCGCUUUGCAAUCUCGCUGGGCUGAUCAUGGAAUCCCAGAGAACUUUGACAUCAAAGUGUACGAGAUUGACAACGUGCAACAGAUGCAAAAAAAAGGGAUUCACGUGCUUCAACGACAAGCAGCAGUGUUGGGAUCUCAUACGGCAGACGAUCACAGACGUCAGAGCCCAAGCCAACAAAUGGAGCAGAGACCGGGAGUAGGUCGGGGAGAACCUCACGCAGGAGCACACCAUACAGAACCAAGACUACACUCGCUGACAUCACUGCCCCACAGGCGACCUUUGGCAGAGUUUCGCAGUGGACUCCCUGGAGCUCCUGGAGGACCUUGAAGAGGUGAUUGGGUGGUUGGAGGCGAGGGUGCUCCUCAUAUUUCGACGGCUCCUCAUAUUUCAGUCUCAGAGGGAAAUAGAGUUUCUUUAUAGCCAGUCACGGUAGUUAAAUAAGGUUCCCACUACAUUUAUGUUAACUACAAUAUCAUUGUGGAUUAUUGCUUAUUAAAGAAACAUGUCACGCCGUCACCUUAAUAUUUUCCAAUUAUAAUCAGGUGCUAUAAUAUUUUAUUUUCCUUUCAAUAUAUGUCAAAGGUAAUCAAUGUUUGAUGCACUUCCAGUGGAGGAUUUUUUUUUAAAAACUGUCCUAUUAGCACGUAAGCAUGUUUUAUUUCUCGGGCGUAGAUACUGUAUAUAUGUGUGGAUAUGGUUUAUCAUGUAUAUUCUGAACUUGUUGGUGUCGUUGAUCAUUUGAGCCUCAAAUGUGAGCACAUUCUGGAUUAAAAAAAAUAUCACUUUUGCUCUUCAUCACUGAAUGUACAAUACUAUCAGUAUAGUGUAUUAUUUUUUUCUGCCUGUUUUGCCAAUUUGCCUUAUUUAGAGAGACAAAAAACACUGAAACUCACAAUGAAGACACUCACUGUAAACUGUCCUUGAAAUGAAUUGCUGUCUUAGUUUGAUGAAAAAAACAUUAGCUUUUCUUUUCAUUUAGUUGACGCUGGGCUUAAUCCUUAUUUUUUGAUUUCCCUUUGACUGUUUAAAGGGAAAUCCAUAAUAACAUCUUUUACUGUACUGUAUAUACAUUUUGGUACUGAACAAUAUGGAAAUCAAACUGUAAAUCUUUUGAAUCUAGUGUAAAAAAGUGAUUUCAAAAUUUAAGCCGUUCUUCUUAGACCAAGGAAGUGCCGCUGACUGAGAAGGAUCCGUAACUUAGAAUAAUAUUAUUUAUUGUAAUAAUAUGAACGAGCCUUUUCAUUGUUAAUACUCAAAAUGAUCAUUUACAUUUGUGCCAUGUUCUGCCCACAUUAGAAGGUGUACCUGUUUCGGAUAUGGGUUUCUUAUUGAUGAUGGGACAUACUUGAAUAAAUUCACUAGUAGGAGUACAUCAAAGUACCUGUG